CGAAGGACGUGCCGCUCCGCUUCGCUUACCUCGUUCUCCCGCUCACGCGCCGUCUCACAUAUUUUGUUGUUUGCCACUUUUUCGCGCCACCCCAAAAAUAACACCAACAAAAAGUAUAACACAAAAAAAAACAAGCAUUACAAGAAGCGAAACAUAACGGUGAAGUUAUAACUAUAUCCGUGACCAUUUGUGACGUCAGAGUCGGAUAAGAGGAGAGAGUGAAAAAAAUCGCCAGGAUGUCUGCGAAUAAUCAUCAGCAGCAGCAGGCGGCGCCCGCCGUUGUGGCUCCCGCCGCCUCCUCGGAAUACCUGAAGCGCACCUGCCUCAUCUGUGGCUGCCACACCAAUCAAACGAUCAAUAUCUACGAGCCCCGGUCCGGCCCCAACAUUGUCCAGUUGAUCCAGGCGAAAUUCAAGUUUCAGCCCUUGAAUGAGGACAAGUUCCUCUGCUUCAGCUGCAACAAUUGGCUCAUAAACUGGCACUCUCUGCAGGCGGUGAACAGCAAUGAGGCUGAGAGCCAAAGUCAGAGUCCCUCACACAUGGGCAAUAAUGUCCUGCAGCAGGAGGGCACCAAGCUGCGUCCGGUGGCGAUGGUCAGGCCCCAGGUGCGGGUGCAGCCCCAGGCCCAGGUCCAACCUCAGCCCAGGCCUCAGCAACAGCCCCAGCCCCAGCCACAGUUCCAAGUCCCCGUGAACCCACCCACACCUGUACCCGCACCUGCACCCAUAACCUACGCCAAGCGAAGGAUUAGUCGACGCAGUGCCUCCGUGAACCGCGUCAACCGUAUUCUCCGGCAAUGCUGUCUGGAGACUCUGCGCCGCAUUCCCAAGAAGAAGAGUCAGGUGUUCCAGGUGUACCUAAGGCAGAGUCAGCGACGGAGCAAUAUGCUCUGCCGGGUGGAGUGUGUGGCACCCAGGCGAAGGCCAAUAGAGCGAGUAGUCAAGGAGGCGUCACCCAUUUUGAGUGCCCAGAAUUCCUCACCGACUUACCAAAGAUUCCCGCAACCAAGUGUGGAUGGCAAAGUGGUGGCCAUGUUCCGGCGACUGGGCACCACCCUCAGCAGGGAGCAGCAGUCAUCAUCAGCAUACACCACCUCCUCAGCCCCGCAGAUCAUGAGUCCCUCGAAAGAGAGGCCGCGCUGGACGCGAGACCUCGACGAAGACGAGAUCCUGCUGGAAUUUGAUAGCGCCAUAUCCGAAGUCCUGCCCACCACCACCACCACCACCACCAAUGCCCGACGCUGCCUCAGCUAUCAGGUUACCCAGGAGGAUGACAAGGAGAAUGGAAACCAGAAGGAGGAUGAGGACGAAGCGGAACUGGAAGUGGUGCUGGAAGCGGAAGCGAAGGAAGCACCACUGCCGCCACCGCAGAGUCACCGCAACCACCGAGAUUCCCACCAAGCUGCGAUCCAACUCGCCGGCCUGCGGUUGCCCCGCGGCCUCAGCAUUAGCCUGGUCUGAAUCAAGGAGGAGGAGGGACCAAAAAGCGGCAAAUGCCUCCCAAAAACAUACAAAAGGAAUAGUCAAAUUGCAUGCACAAAAAACCAAGCAAAUAAUGAGCAUUAGCGAAUGUCUAAUUUAAUAGUACCUCGAUUACAUUUUAAUUGUUAGUCAAAAUACCUUAAUUAAUUAACUAGCGGACAACAAAACAAACACACACAAACCUAAGAAUGUUAAGUUAAUGGAUGUGGAAAGCUAUAUUUAAAAUAUACACAUAUUAGACUUAGGCAAAAAUCCCCCGAAAAUGAAACAUAAAAGAUAUAAAUCAAAACUCCCCUCAAGCCAAUGUAGUUGAAUUUAUUUGUUUGCUCCUGAAAAAAAAAA